AUGUCCAAAGGUAGCCACGCCGAUCGGCGUGCACAGCGACAGGCGAUGCCUGCAACAGGGUCUCCAUCGACAAAGAAGAAGCGGUCUUCUUCUCACGACGCCAGCACCAAGGUGUCCAAGAAAAAGGCCUCCCGGUCACGAGACGAUGACAAGAGGAGGAAGGCAAAGUCGCGCUCGCGAAAUCGCUCCAAAGAUCGAGAGCGAUCGCGCGACAGAGACAAGCGACGGCGCAGAGAUGGUUCCGAUGACAGCCGUCGACGGAGAGACAACCGCAGGCGCCAGCGCGCCUCGAGUUCCAGUUCGCUGCCGGUUCGACGGAGGCGGUCUCCGGACCGGAGGCGAUCUCCGGAGCGGAGGCGAACCCGAAGUCCUGAUCGGGCUCGCGAGCGCGAUAGAGAUCGCAAAGCCCGCAGAAAGGAUUCGAGCUCUGAUGAUCGAAAGAGCAAAAAGAGCAACAAGGACAACAACUUUGACAAGGAGGUGAUUGAUGUCAGACCGGGGACAGAGGAGACCAAUGGCGACCAGAAGGACAGGCUGGCACGCUCUUCGCGUUUCAGCCCCAUCGAGGCCCACCAGGUCCCGUUGCUGAACCCGUACGCCAAGGGCUCUUCCGAGGCGCUGCGCCUGGAUGCGGCGCGGUUGGAAGUAGCAAGGCUGAAAGCAAUGGGGAAGAUGCCGCCACCGCAGCUGCUAAAGGAGGUUGCUGUCGGAGCACAGGCCGCAGCAAUCGCGGCACCAGCCAAGUCACCGGCUGUUGAAAAGCCCAAACCCAAGAAGACAGCGCCCGCGCCGUGGAUGGCUGCUCGCGCGGUGUUUGCCAACAAGGAUGGCGAAGGUUCCAAAGCUUCUGAACCAGCCACGCCCGGCAGCCAGGAAGGCAAAGAAGCCAAAGAUACUAAAGAAAGCAAAGAUGGUGCCAAGAACAUCAAGAAGCUUGGCAUUUCCGAGCUUUCAGAGCUGUCAAAGGCCAUUGCAGAGGACCGAAACAAGCUUCGCCUCUUUGUGGUCAAGGCCAAAGCAGACUUUGAAGAGCGCAAGGAGAAGGCAAAGGCCCUCCAUCAAGCAGUCCAGAUGGGCGAGACGGAUGAGAACGAGUACUACUCAGCUUCAGUUGGCGAGGAAAUGGGGCCCAACCGCUGCUACAAAGUUGAGGCUGCCAUUGGAAGAGGCGUCUUCUCCAGCGUGUACCACUGCAAGGGCUUGAAGGACGGAAAGGAUUAUGCUGUCAAAUUGAUCAGAGCAAACGCGAUGAUGCGCCGGGCAGCUGACAAGGAGGUGGAGAUGUACAAGCGGCUGGAGAAAAGUUCUUCAGAAGAUGCUGAGGGCUUUAAGCAUGUCAUCAUCCUCUCCGAUCUACAAACGUUUGAGCACAAUGGCCACUUGAGUCUUGUCUUUGACUUGCUUAAGUGCGACAUGCGGUUUGCUUUGCAGAAGUACGGCAUGGGUGCAGGCCUCCCGCUGCCCACCUUGCAGCAGUACGUGAGGCAGAUUCUGCUGGGACUGCGUGCUUUACGAGCCGCAAAAGUAGUGCAUGCAGAUCUGAAGCCCGACAAUAUUCUCAUGACGCUGAACAAGGCAGAAAUCAAGAUCUGCGACUUCGGUAGUGCCAUGGAUGCGUCGGAGCAGGUGAAGACUGCGUACCUCCAGCCACGAUACUACCGAGCUCCGGAGAUCAUGCUGGGAGUUCCGUACGACAUGGGCAUUGAUAUGUGGAGCGCAGGAACCACGAUCUAUGAGCUGGCCACGGGGAAAAUCUUGUUCACUGGCAAGACGAACAACCAAAUGAUGAACAAGAUGAUCUCUGUGGUGGGGAAGUUCCCGGAAAGGAUGUGGAAAGUCGGAGAAUUUGCAAGGAAGCAUUUCAAUGAAAAUGGUGACUUCAUGAGCAAGGACCCCGACUCCAUAACUGGACUUCCAGACGUCGUACAGCUGUCAAAGCCCACAAGGACGGUGCUGAAUCUCCUGCAGGCCGAGCUGAAACAUCCCAAUGCCGGUGUGGAGCGCAAGGACCACGAGAAAUGGGUUGUGCAGCUUGCAGAGUUGGUCGGCAGUUGCUGCCGGCUCGACCCGCAAGACCGAAUGAAGCCGGGUGAGGCUGUGGAGCUGCAGUUCUUCAAGCCAUCAAGAGACGCCUGA